UUUAUCUUGUAGACGUGCGAUUGAGUGCGGCAUGCUUGUGAGCGAGGCGUUUCAUAAUCUCGCAAUCAAUCGGUAGGUCAGUUCGAUCGAUCGAUCGUAGCUGCGCGCUGUGCAACACAGAACAUUUAUCUUCACUGCGGCACAUGCACGUAUUUGCCGUAUGAGCCGCUCUGCGUUGGUGUGCGACAUCGAAGAAGAGACAGUGGACAGGUCGCGCGCUGCAUAGUGUGUGUGCCUGUGUGCGCUUUGUAACGAAAACAGAGUCCGUCCGUCGUGACGACGACUUGUGGAAGCGCAGCUUCUCUAAUGUGAGAAAGAGAUUGCCGUUCUGCUCGAGUCCGUGUGUGGCAUACAAAAUAUUCUGCGCUACGUCCCGUCAAGAAUUCUACACGAGUCUCGAGAGCAAAGUGUGCCGCGCGUCGCAGUAAACGAGGAAGAGAGAGAGAGAGAGAGAGAGAGUGAGAGAGAGAGAAAGAGAGAGAGAGAGAGAGAGAGAGAGAGAGAGAGAAACAAACAGAGAGUGGUGUCGGAAGUGGUGUUUCGUGAGACGAGAGACGCGCGAGAAUCCGCAUCGGUAAUCGAUAUGACCCACGUAAUCAUGGGUCGGCGUUCUUCUCGAAGGUUAUCAUCAUCGUCGUUGACGUUGUCGUUCGUAAACAUGACAGACCGCGGCGAUCUGUGAAGAUGGAAGAUUGAACCACAAGGGCGGUGCGCCCCUUCGAUUGCAGUCGCGCGGCUAAAGGAGGACUGUUCGUUUCGUUCGUUCAUUCGUUCGCUGCUAAUCGUAUAUCUCUUGUGUCUUUUUGUUAUCACGUCGCGCUGCGAAAUCGUUCGGAUGCGGAGGGUGCCACAAUGGUGAUACGAUAAUAAUUACCAAUUCGCAGCUUGCCGCGUAUGCAAUUGCUCAGAUUUGUUCUGCAACCGCGUGAAGAUCCUUAAGACUGCCCGUCCUUACCAAGUACCUUUUCAAGUACCAUGGAAGUAGUAGUCUAUAAAUCCUGAACUGAAAGGAGGAUGCCAGUAACUAAACGCAUUCCAUAUCCUUCGCGAUCCGACGGCGGUAGUAGUGAGAGUCCGUUACUCGUGGAAGAAGGAGAGACGGUCGGCGCACCACACAGUCCACGCAAUAAACAUAGUCACAGCCAUUCACAUAGCAAUCCCCAUCGGUCUCACAGUUAUCAUCAUGAGAAACCCAAACAAUUAGUGAAGUACGGAGAACUAGUUAUACUUGGAUACAAUGGUUACCUUCCACCUGGUGAUAGGGGAAGGAGAAGAAGUAAAUUCGUACUAUACAAAAGACCAGUGCCAAAUGGCGUUAAACGCAGUAAACACUACAUCGUUAAAACGCCCCAUAGCUCGCAAGCCAUUCUCAAUACGAAGCAACACUCGAUCUCAUAUACACUAUCCAGAACACAAGCUGUUAUCGUUGAAUACACGGAAGACGAAGAGACGGAUAUGUUUCAGAUCGGCCGUUCGUCCGAGUCGCCUAUCGAUUUCGUGGUAAUGGAUACGUGCGCGGGCGGUGGAGAUGGUGGCCCCGCUAACGAAGGGCGCGUUGCCCAGAGCACCAUCAGCAGAUUUGCCUGUCGAAUUCUAGCGGAUCGAUCGGAUCCAAGAAUCGCCAGAAUUUAUGCUGCAGGUUUCGACAGUUCAAGAAACAUUUUUUUAGGGGAGAAAGCAACCAAAUGGCAAGAGAAUCGUGAGAUUGAUGGACUUACGACAAACGGAGUUUUAAUAAUGCAUCCUCGAGGUCAGUUUUGCGGCGGUGAGGCGCAGUGCGGUUUCUGGCGAGAAGUUAGCGUGGGCGGUGGAGUCUUUUCACUCAGAGAAAGUCGAAGUGCUCAGCAGAAGGGCAACGUCGUAGAAGAUGAGAAUAAUAUUUUACAGGACGGCACUCUCAUCGAUCUUUGUGGCGCCACUUUGCUCUGGCGAUCGGCAGAGGGUCUUGCUAAGUCUCCGACCAAACAGGACCUAGAAGAAUUAGUGGACGCUAUAAAUGCCGGGAGGCCGCAAUGCCCGGUAGGCCUGAAUACGUUGGUCAUACCACGUAAAGCAGCUACAGACUCGACACAACAACAGCCAUAUGUUUAUCUCAAGUGCGGUCACGUGCAGGGACAUCAUGAUUGGGGUCAGGAGAAGGACAAGGUUACCAGAAGGUGUCCUAUGUGUCUGGUUGCGGGUGCAGUGGUUAAAUUAUCUAUGGGAAUAGAACCUGCCUUCUACGUAGAUUGUGGACCACCGACUUACGCGUUUAGCCCUUGCGGUCACAUGGCUACGGAGAAAACCGUCAAAUACUGGGAAAAAGUAGCCAUACCACACGGCACGAACGGCUACAUCGCAAUUUGCCCCUUCUGUGCAGUCCCACUUGAGGGAACACCAGGAUAUGUAAAACUAAUUUUUCAGGAUAAUGUAGAUUGAAGUUAUAAGAUAAUAAGAUAAUGGAAAUAUGUAGAAAUUAAUAACUUCUUAAGAAAUAUAUAAGAACUAUUAAACACAAAAACUUAAGAAAAUUCGCAAAAGCAGUCAUGUCGAAUAUAGCUGUAAUUCAUAACCCAAAAGUUUAUUUUCUUGUAUAUGUACUUUUUUCAGUCACAGUGAAAACAAUAUAACAAAUAUACAUUCAUCUUAUAUUAAAUAUCAAAACAAAGUUUUAUAGAAUACAGAGAUAUCAGACAUGUGCUAAGUAACCAAGUAGAUUAUAUACUUUUUUAAAUUAAUUAUACAAAUGGCCUGAAUAUCCCAAUUGUUCAAGCAUUAAGAAAUAUUUAUAUAGAAUAUCUUAAUAUGUGUGCAUAUAAUGUACAUUUGCUGAGAAGAAUCAAGAGAUUUACAAAAAGA